AUGGGUAGCAAAAAUCAUCGGAGAUUUCAUCUACAUUUAAACUGGAAAAGUCGGAUGGGCAAGGCUGCUUCUGCACCCGGUCCUCACCAAACCACCGAGGUCCACCCCGACGACUCCUACGAAGAAGCAGAACCACUCAAUCCUCUCAUACAGUGCACUGCAGAGUGUGCGGACUCCGACAGCAGUCAUUACGAAUCUUACGGAGAAGAGGAAAUUUCUGGGAAUAAUCGUACAGGCUCUCUUCGAAUGCUGCCCACGGACUCUCCCACACGGCCUCUGCCCCAUCCACGGAUUUGUGGCUUUCUGUGGCGGAAGAAGUGGCUGGGACAGUGGACGAAGCAGUUAUUUCUCAUCAGAGACCAAGUUCUGCUGUGUUAUAAGUGUAUGAAGGACCAGUAUCCCUUGAUGGAGCUCAGCCUGCAGGGAUCCCGUGUCACAUACAAGUUUAAACGCACUAAGAAGAUACAGCAUGAGCUUAAGAUUACCACAGCGAGUAAUGACACUCUGGUGCUUGGCCUGCAGAGUCGUGAGCAGACUGAGGACUGGCGGAAGGUUGUUGAAGAGGUGAGCAGCAUGUCUUCCCGAACUUCAUCAUGGAAUUCACCACAGAUGCCAGGGACAGACAGUAAAUGUGUCGCAAGCAAAUCAGCAUCGAGAGGCAGUCGAGGCUCAGAGCUGGAGAGAUCCCCAGGGGAAAUGCUCACUGACAGCCCAGCCACCCAAGACACAGGUUACCUGAAGGUGCUUGUGAACAGCCACUGGCAGACUUUGCGGUGUCACAUCGAGAAUCAAGUGCUGCUGAUGUAUAAAGAUGUUGGCGGAGCUGGGAAGCUGCACUACUCUGUGGACCUGCAGGGCUGUGAAGUCAGGACGCAGGCUGACACGACCCACAAGUACAGGCUGAUUGUCUCACAACAGCACAAGGAUCUGGCAGUGCUACAGACCAGCUCGCCCGAGGACAGGGAUCGAUGGCUCAGCCUCCUGCAGACAGGAUGUGGAACGGACGCAGAAUCAGCUCACCUGUACGAAGACACUGUCCUGCCAAGGGCAACAGAUGCAGUUCCAAGAGGUGGAAGCCAAGUUAGUGGUUUGCUCCAGCGUCGAAUCACCACUCCCAACACGUACAUGGACGAUCCAUUUGGCCAAGUGUCCAGUCAGAAUGCCCAACAGGAGGGAGGCUCGAGGGCCACACAGCAGACGCAGGGGGUCAAUAUGCCAAGCCAUGAAGUGGCGAACAGAGAAUGCACAACAUUUCAAGAGAGGGAACAUCACAGCAGUACAAACAACAAAAACACAGCAAGAUACAACACUCUGCCAAGCGCAUUUCCUGAAACCAGCUUUUUAAAAUCCUGGAGCGACUUUGAAAUCAAAACAUGUGGAGCUGAAAAGGAGCCUGUUAGAAAUCAAGCAACGCAGACAGACAAGAAAGAUUUCAAAGAGGCAAUGGACUCCCUGUCUGAGAAAAAGGCCCUGCCAAGGUUGGAAGAGAAGAUCCGUCGUCUUGAGCAGGCCGUGUACAGAGCGAAAGAGAGGGUGAAGUCGGGCUCUGAACUUAACCUGCUCUCCCUGAGCAAGACCUUCAAACGGGCAUCCUGUGGGCAAUCUCUGGCUCUGUUUUCCUCAAACUCGGAAGCGGCGGGUCCUGAGGGUCCGAUAGUGAGCCCGAUCUUAAGACGCACAGCCUCAGCCAAAAGCGCUCUGAGAAGGACGCCAUCCAUCACCGUGGUUGAAAAGGGCAGAGUCCUUCAGAAAACAAAGGAAUGGGAAAUGAAGUCUUCAGUCUAAGCAUACAUUAGCAAAAUCGCAUUUCUGCAAAGAACUGUUGUCGUGUGAAUAUGCCCAGUUUGUGGAAACUCGGCACUGUAAAUAUUGGAGUCAGCAUGUGGAUCAUGCAAAGGAAAACAAAAUACUGGAUUCACUUUUGGUCUCUAACACUUAAAGGAAAAAGUAGCUCCAGUCAGGAGCCUGGUUUCCAUUAGAGUCUGCAAACUGUACCAAGGGUGACUUUGUAAUAAGAUGCACAAAAAUGCCACAAUCAGACUGUAAUCUCACUGGAGAGAUGGACUCCAAAAGCCUACAUUAUUAUCACUUUGAUUCCAGAGUGUCUGUCUACUUUUAAUGCAAGCUAAUCUUAUAAAUACAAAAUGAUGUCAUGUUCACUUUGGAAAUGAGGGCAUUUUAACCAUGUUCCCCUCCAACUCCCAAUUAUAUUUUGGUCCCAUCUCCAUUCCCUCCCCACCUCCAAGACAGGCCACUCUGCAACCCAGCAGCAAUAAGACCAUAGCAACUAAUCAUAAAUGUCACCAACCCUCUGGUCAACUUUCACCUACUGGAGGUGACCAACUGAUCCUUUAUUCAAUGCAUAACAAAAAUUUUUAAAGAUCCUGAUGCUGACUGUAGUGAGCAUGAACGUGCUCUUCAAACUUGCCCGUCCUUUGCCAAGUACUUCAUCAAUAAGUCUCUGCCUGUCUGGAGUUAAAAGAAACAAGGCUGAGAUUCCCCACAAAGGGAAAGUUGGUGAUGGCCUGACCUCAGUAUAUCAGGCAAACACUUCUAAGGAUUCUGUGUGAUAACUCACGUGACUGGCAGCCAGUAUACAAUUGGGUCUUUUAGAUAUCAAUCUGCAAAUUGGUGCUCAGGAAGCUCAUUAUAGCCACAUCAGCGGUAGAGAUUUUUACAGUCAUCCUUAUGGACUGGGCUCAAGGGAUGGCAGAUUCAAGCCAGGCUUACCACUGCUGAGUGCCAAUGAGUUACCAAAACUGAGGAAAGAUGCAAGUACCAAGUGACUUCAGGGUUGGUGAUACUGCAGCCUGAAUAACCGACUGACAUUGGCUGAUUUGACUACCGCAUCUACAUAGGAGACUGGGAUGACAGUUCAACACAUUUCAUUGUCCAAGGGACACUUCAGAAGGAGUAAAGAAACUGGUUUCACCAAUAAUUAAAACAUGUAUUUAUCAUAUUGGAGCAAAAUGACAGUUUGAAUUUCACUGAACAGCACCAACACUCAUGAAAUUAUCAAAAUUGUACAUCAGAUUCUUGUCUAUGUAUUACAUUUGUUUAUAAAAUUGUACAUGGUACCAUU